CUCCCCGCCCCGCCACGUCCCGCUCGGGCGCCGGCCCCUUCCCUUCCCUUCCCUCCCUCCUUCCCCUCCGUCCCCGCGGCGGGGCCAUGGCGUUCACGCUGUACUCGCUGCUGCAGGCCGGGCUGCUCGUCGUCAACGCCAUCGCCGUGCUGCACGAGGAGCGCUUCCUCCGCAACGUUGGCUGGGCAAGUGAUCAAGGGAUUGGAGGAUUUGGAGAGGAACCAGGAAUUAAAGCACAGCUAAUGAACCUCAUUCGAUCUGUACGAACCGUUAUGAGAGUGCCAUUAAUAGCAGUGAACUCCGUUACCAUCGUGCUCCUCCUAUUGUUUGGUUGAAGAUACCUGUCGGAAAAUUUUUUGGACAUCCAAGGAAGCAAGUUGCUAGCCAUCACUGCUCAGAGUUUUCUGGGAUCCAGCACGGUUUAGCUGUCAGUUUGACAUUCAACUUAAAAUAAUAAAAGACACUGUUUCUAUUUAUCCUAUUUCCUAAUGUUCACUUUCAGUUUCAUUAAACAAGAUAAUGGGAUCAAUGCAACAAUGCUGCAAAUAUACUGGACUGUGACAAGUUCUGUUGCUGCCUGUUAAUCGCGCUGACUGUUAGACUAUGCGUCGUAACAUGUUGCAAUGCGUAUCGAUAGGAUGCAGUUUUUAAAUGUGGUGUUACUCAGGGAUGAAUUUCCUUCAAUAUACUUCCCAAUUUAUUCCUGAAUUUAAAAAAAUACCAUAAUUUUUAUUUCAGUUAAUACCACAGUAUUAUUUAAGGGAAUAUGAAUUACAAUCCAAACAUGUUAAAAAUUAUUGAAGUGAGGGAGAUAAAACCAGAUGGGUAAAUUUCUGAUUCAAUUCAAAUUGGAAGCAGAGUGCUCCCGGUUUGAUUGAGAUGGGGAUUUUUCUCUUGGUGUUCAAUAGCCUUUUCAAACUGGUAAUGUUUGGUGUGAAGGGGAUGAAAAUAGGUGCGUCUGCUAUGCAAAACUGAAAAAUUUGUACAUAAACUGAGGCAACUCUGUGUUUAUUUAGCAGGUGGUAGUAGUGUUUAGCAUUUGUUACUGUUCUGUCAAGCAUUGUCAUUUUUUUCCUCAAUGUGUUAAACGUGCGUGGUGACUAAUGUGGUGGAAGUGGGGAGCAGUUUGUAUUCUGAGUUUCUUCUGUAACGUGGGAGAAUAAUGUUUCCUUUUCAAUGCAAUUUAAAAAAAAAAAAAAAAAAAAGCAAAUUUGCAGACUUGUCAGUUGCUGCUGCUGCUCUUCCCCCUCUCCAUCUGCCUUUGUUCAUUUAACAACUCACUGAAACUAUGGGUAUCAUCUUGCAGUUCUUUCACAAAGAAUGUUUUUAAUGCCUUUGGUAAGGAUCUUGUCUCAGUUAUGGCUGCUGGGUCGGGUCCCAUGUUAAAUAGCAAGGCUGGAUUUAAGAUUACUGAUCCUCAGAUACCUUUUUAGAAAAGUUAGACUUCCUAUGUCUUUUCUGUUCAACUUUGCUAAAAUGUCUUAAAUUGUUUUAGCUUAUUUUUAAAGUGGGGAAGGCCAAAGGAAACCUGGCAGUUUCAUUACUUUAAAACAGCUUAGUUUAUCAUCUCUUCUUCUGAUGUCUUAAUGACUAAAGCAUACAUUGUUGUAAUUCUGUAAAAUGUGUAAAUGAAUUUAAUGAUCUCCAAUUCCAGUGUUUUGCAGAGCAGACUAUAUCCAAGAGGAGAGUUUAUAUUGUUUCCUUUUUUUAGUGAAAACCUGUAAAUAAAUUUUGAAUUUCCAAGUU